GAAGAGCAAGAAGAAAGUUACUUCCAGUUCCGAUAGUAGUGCCUCUGCAUCAGCACCCGUCGUCUCUUUUCAGCAAGAGGUAGACGUGACGUCCUUAGAAGACAGUCCAGAUGACAACACGACAAUCCUCGGAGGAGAGGCUGAACACACGCCAUGCAGCGCUACAAGCACUAGUAGAAACAUCACACCACAACUCAGACGCAUUGCAGCAACAAGAGCGGAAAAACUGAUUGUAGAAUACGAGACUUCCAAGUCUCUAGUGGUCAAGCAACUGGGCCGGCGUGAGGUUUUACGUCUCGAAUAUUCUUGCCCCG